GACAGUUGUGCUGUCGACCUACAUGUAGCUCUUGUAGAGAGAGACCUUGAAAAGCAACGUUUCCAGCCAAGGUCGUAUAAGGCAGACAUGCCCAGAGGCCUGAGCUGCUUGGGGGGCCCUGAGGGGGCUGACGGCAGGUAUGAGACCCCUCCGGCUUCAGAGCUCCAUAGGCUCAUGUGGACAAAGAAAGGCUCCAGUAACCAUCUGGAUGAAGUCUACCCUAGGAUCUACAUCGGAGACAUGUAUGCAGCCAAAGACAAGAGGACACUCCAGGCUCACCACAUCACCCAUGUACUUAACGCCGCUGACGGGAAGUUCAACGUGAACACGGGGCCCAGCUUCUACCGAGACACCAAAAUCACUUAUCAUGGAGUGGAAGCUUUUGACAUGCCAUCUUUUAACCUGAGUCCCUUCUUUUACCCAGCGGCCAAUUUCAUCAAGAACGCUUUGAGCUCGCCCACAGGUAAAGUGUUUGUCCACUGUGCGAUGGGCCUCAGUCGUUCGUCCACCCUGGUUCUGGCGUAUCUGAUGAUCCACGAGAACAUGACGCUAGUGGACGCCAUCAAAGCCGUCAGCCCCAACAGGAACAUCUGCCCCAACGAAGGCUUCCUGGAGCAGCUGAGAGAACUGGACCGAAAGCUGCACUACCAGGGAUCGGCAACGAGCUGGAGAAACAACGAGUCCAAGAAAUUCCUGCAAGUCAUCACGAAUGCAACCAAAGCCCCGACGCAAUUAAACAGAAAGUAGUUUUUAUUAAUGAACUGUUACACCUGAGUGUUGUUUGCACUAAUAAGUUGAAAUGUCUUCUAUGAAAAAUGUUAGACACAAAAAGCCAUGCAUGCUUUACUCUUUGUUAAAAGAUAAGAUGAAUGUUUUACUUUUACAUCCCAUUAUAUACUUUUACUUGUGGUGGAAUAUUUGUAGUAUUUUUGCUUAAGUAAAAUUUCUUCUAACAGUGA